CUUUUACUGACUACGUAGCUCAUAACCUCCGCCCCUACGGACACACGGGGUGUGUGUUGGCAGAAGCUCCUCACACUGGCCCGGAGCGGUGCGUGUUUCCGUGUCGCUCGUCCUACUUCCCGGUUAAUGCCGCUAAUUUUACAGAAUAAACGACCUUUUGACACAUGACAUUUUAAACCCUGCUGUUAAAACCCUAACGGCUGGAUGAGUGGGCCAAACUUCGCCCCCCCCUCUGCAGAGGUGGCUGAGAUAAACCGUAUCCACUAUGAGCUGGAGUACACAGAAGGCAUCAGCCAGCGCAUGCGGAUCCCUGACACGCUGAAGGUGGCCUCAGAGAACCAGACAGGGUCCUUCCCGCUUGAGCUGCCCAUGCUCACUCACACAACUAUGAUGCAGGUUCCUGAGAGGAUUAUUGUUGCAGGUGACGAUGCUGACCCUCGAUUUUCUCGUCCAAGAGAUUUAGACCUGAUUCAGUCCAUCCCUCCUGUGGACCUCCUGAACAUGAAGGCCCCGCCGCGAGUCCUCACCCUCACAGAGCAGUCACUGGACUCUCUGGAGACUGAGCAAUCUGCCUCCUCACAGAACAAUCCCAGCCAGAUGGGCCACAUUCACGCUCGCUCUCGAAGGGAGCGUAGUGCGAGUGAGCACAUAUCUGGCCGCCAUAGCGUUCAGGCCAGCAGAAGUGAUAUAAGUGUCACCCCGUCCACCUCUGUUCCCCCAGUCCGCUUAUGUCCCCCCCUCUGUUCCCCCGAGGAUGCAAGCAUCAACCUGUUCACAGCUGCUGGGGUCCUGUCUUACAUCCAGUCAACAACACGCCGGGCGUACCAGCAGGUCCUUGAGGUCCUGGAUGACAGCCACCGCAGGACACACCUGGACCUGGCCCUGGAUAUAAACCCUGAUGAGUCUGGCUUAGUGGACGCCUCCUCACUACGACGACAGAUUGUGAAGCUGAACCGGCGUCUGCAGCUUCUUGAGGAAGAAAACAAAGAGCGCUCCAAGCGAGAGGUGAUCCUCUACUCUGCUACUGUGGCGUUCUGGCUCAUAAACACCUGGAUCUGGUUCCGUCGCUGAGGUAGAACAAGGGUGAGCCUCCCAAAACACUGGAAGCCAUUAAAACAAGGGGGGCUACUAGAAUUUAAAGGUAACCACAGGAAACUAUAUAAACAUUGGUAAUGUCCUGAACCACAACCCUGUAUGUUUGUAUAGCAAAUUCCAUAUUGAAAUUCAAGCUGAACACUGUCAAGAUAAAACCUGAGCCAGCGCAUGUAACAAUGUUUACUAUAUCUACUCAAUGUUACAAAAUUUUACAAUGCCGGACUGGAACUACAGACUGUUGCCACAGCACAGGGAACAAACUUAACUUUAGAGUGUAAAGUCUCUGUAUUUCACUCCCGUAUAAACUGGUAAAGGACGAGUAAAACCAAGGACAAUGACACAACAACUGACAGUCUCCAAAAUGUUUGCAUCUGCAUCUGCUCUGAUGUAGUAAGAUAUACUUUGUUACAACACUGUUGUCUGCUGAAGAGAAUGUCAACCCCUGAAUCUGAAGAUGAUGAUCUGAACAUCUAUGAUGUUCACGUGUGUUUAAUAGAAACUAAAUGUCACACAGGUCAUAUGGAGACUAUUUGUUAUUGGUCUAAAGUGGAAAAGGAGUGUCUGACAUGAAUCAGCAGAAAUUACAAACCUUUACCGAUUUAUUCGAGAUUUUGUGUAAAGUGAUGGGCAACGUCUGAACUUGAUAAACCCUUUAUACUGCAACAACAGGUGUUACAGUGAUGCUUACCAUCUUUGUGAGAGUAGUAUGCACUCGGUAGAGCACAUACCUCCGCCGAGGCCCAACAAUCCCCUUGAAUUGAAUCAAGCUGCACCAAAUUGCACACACUCAUAGAUAUCAGUUUCCUAAAUAUGCUCCCAAAAAAUGUUCAUCAAGCUACAUGAAUUAAUCUGUGGGAAAUCAGUGAAAAUAUUUUUUUUAAAAAGCUAUCUCAUACUGGUAAAGAAAGUGGGAAAAAUAUCCCUGGAUCUGCGUCAAAUGUAAAGAGUUUUUCGGACAAUAUCCCAUCCCUCCAUCAACUUUCACGCAAAUCCGUUCAGUAGUUUUUCUGUAAUCUUGCUUACAAACAGACAAUCCAACCAAUCGGUUAACAAACAAACAGACAUGAGUCUUUUUAGGACAAGAACGAUUAGAGCGGAACAAGUAUUUUGGGAACCAAGCCCCGAGUUACAGGACCAAACCUCACAUGUGACCUGAAGUUCAUCAGUUUGGUCAAAAAAGUGAUGAUUCUCAAAGUGUCAAAAUAAAAUGUCUAAAUCUAGAGGUGCCAUAACAUUGACCCUGAAUGCCCCAUGACCUUCUUGUUAUCCAAAACAUUUGUGUACAGUACUUGAAUAGCCUAUUGUUGCAACGUUGUAGUCUUGGAAAUCAUUAUUUAUUAUUCUCCUCUGUGGCCGUGCCGUGCCCAGAGGUUGUCAUCUGAGCUUUAUGAAGUGGCAGCAGAACUUCAGGGCAGGGCACUGGAGGUGGUAGUUAUCAGUGUAUUAUUUAUGUAUUUCCAUUCUGUUUAUAAAGUUUGACUUUGUUUUUCCUGAGAAUUUGACCUCUCCUUGUUUUCCACUAAGUUACCUACAAGACUAAAAACAAGAGCAUGGACUUUGUGGUUUUAUCAUCAUACAGUGUGAUGUAAAUCUUAGAGCUAAUGUAAGAUCAUGUGUAAUAGACGAAUAUGUAUAUGAGAUAUUGAUGUCAUUAUUUUUGAAGAACGAUGUGGUGUUAUUUUUAUUUUGUAUUUCUCACACAUGAUGCAGAGGCACCGGCAAAGUGUUGCAGUGACCAUUUCUUUCUAUCACGCGCUGUACUUAUCACAUGAAGCUGGAGUUUUAAGUUAUUAUUGUUUACUUUCUUUGUAAUAUAUGAACACAUUCAUUGUAAAUAUUUUUGCUGUAAUAAAUGAUGGAUGUUGA